AUGGCCACAGAAAAGACGGAGGGCGUUUCCAUGGAGGAAACUGGCCCGGGGUUGCCGCCCUUCACUUCCUCUGACUCCGAUAUGGCGGUAGAGGAGAAGGGAGAAGAGCUCGGUUUCUGGACACGGCUGGGAUGUACGCCAGAGUCAUUCAAGAGGCGGCGAGUGACUGGGGGAAACCAGCUCAACCAGACCCUGAAAUCACGACAUUUGCAUAUGAUUGCAAUUGGCGGAAGUAUAGGUGCCGGCCUGUUUGUUGGUUCUGGCUCUGCGCUGGCCAAGGGUGGUCCAGCAUCGCUGGUCAUCGACUUUGCGAUCAUUGGUAUAAUGAUGUUCAAUGUCGUGUAUGCGCUCGGCGAGCUGGCCAUUCUUUUCCCUGUCUCUGGUGGAUUUUAUACCUACUCUGCCCGCUUCAUCUCGCCCGCAUGGGGCUUCGCCAUGGGCUGGAACUAUGUUUUCCAGUGGCUGGUGGUCCUCCCGCUUGAGCUGACAGUGACAUCCCUGACGAUAACGUACUGGAAGGUCAAUAUUAGUGUUGCGGUGUGGAUAACGGUUUUCUUGGUUGCCAUCAUCAUCAUAAACAUCUUCGGGGUGCUUGGAUACGGGGAGGAAGAAUUCUGGGCCAGUGCAAUCAAAUUGACCUCCAUCGUCAUUUUCAUGAUAACCGCCAUUGUACUGACUUGUGGCGGAGGUCCAAAGGACGGUCUGUAUGGGGAGUACUGGGGAGCCAGGCUAUGGUAUGACCCUGGGGCUUUCCGCAACGGUUUCAAGGGAUUCUGUUCCGUCUUUGUCACUGCUGCCUUUGCCUUCUUUGGCACGGAGCUAGUUGGGCUGGCGGCAGCGGAAAGCAAGACGCCUCUGAAGUCACUCCCAUCCGCCAUCAAGCAAGUCUUCUGGCGAAUCAUCCUCUUCUAUAUCCUGGGCCUCUUCUUCAUUGGCAUAUUGGUACGGAGCGAUGAUAAACGACUACUUGGCGCCAACACCUACACAGAUUCCAACGCAUCUCCCUUUGUAAUCGCCGCUAAGGAUGCAGGACUUAGGGGCUUCGAUAGCUUCAUUAAUGUCAUUAUCCUUAUUUCAGUCCUCUCCAUCGGAAACUCUGCGGUUUAUGCCGGCUCUCGAACUCUGACAGCCAUCUCUGAACACGGGUAUGCCCCCCGUAUCUUCUCAUACGUCGACAAGGCGGGCAGGCCUCUUUUCUCGACCAUCCUGGUCAUCGUCUUUGGUGGCCUAGCAUACGUGAAUGUUUCUGGAAAGGGGCCAGUUAUCUUUGAUUGGCUCCAAGCCCUUUCUGGCUUGACUGCCCUUUUCACCUGGGGAAGUAUAUGCUAUUCACACAUUCGCUUCCGAGCUGCGUGGGCUCUCCACGGUCGCUCCCUGGACGAGAUACCCUUCAAGUCGUACUUUGGAGUGUAUGGGUCAUAUCUCGGUUUGAUCAUCAUCUUUAUAGUUUUCAUCGCUCAGUUCUAUAUUGCAGUGUCUCCACUCAAGGGCGAGGCCUCGGCGGAAGGCUUCUUCAAGUCCUACCUUGCCCUCCCCGUCGUCCUCUUCUUCUGGUUCUGCGGCUGGCUAUGGAAGCGUGAGGGCUGGACGAAGAUCGAGGACAUCGAUAUCGACACCGGCCGCCGAGAGAUUGACUGGGAAGAGCACAACCGCCGCAUGGAGCUCAUCAAACAGGCGUCCUUCCUCAAGCGAUUGACCCAUCGCUUCUUCUAG